GCUACGGUCUUCUUCAAUCAGUGGCUAGACGUCUCCCGGUAUGCUCCGCCUUCUUCCCGAUAGGUUCCGGUCACUCGGUUGCCAUGGCGGCGGCUGCUGGCAGCCCCGGUGCGGCCUAUGAAUGUAACAUCUGCCUGGAGACUGCUCGGGAGCCGGUGGUCAGUGUCUGCGGCCAUUUAUACUGCUGGCCUUGUCUUUAUCAGUGGUUAGAGACGCGGCCCGAGCGCCAGGAGUGUCCUGUGUGCAAGGCAUGGAUCAGCCGAGAGAACGUGAUCCCGAUAUACGGCAGAGGGGACUCUAAUCGGCAGGACCCCAGGUUGAAGACUCCUCCCAGACCUCAGGGACAGAGGCCAGAACCAGAGACUCGGGCCGCAGAGGGGCUCCCGGCGUUCACGGAUACCGGCUUCCAUAUGUCUUUUGGCAUCGGUGCUUUUCCUUUUGGCUUUUUUACUACAGUCUUUAACACUAAUGAUUUCCCAUCACCGCCUCGUGCAGACACUGGACUUGCCCCGGGAAGGAUGUUCGGACUGCCUGACUCCCUCUUCCUCAUCAUCGCUGCCUUCUUUUUCCUCUGGUUGAUCAGCGUGUGAGGCCUGCGGUUCACCAGCAGGGGGCCUUAGCCACGCGCAGCACUCCAGGCUCUGCGAUGAGCCGCCCUCCCUGCAAAGCACUUCCUGGCCUAUGAGACGGUUCUUUUCUGUGUCCCCUUCCCCCAAAUCUCAUCCAAUCAGAUCUUUUUCUAUGGGCACUUUACUCCGCCUCUCCGGUCGCCUCUCUUAAAUCUUUUUACAUUUGUAAGUAUUUGUCCUCCUGGUUUUUCUAAUUUUUCUUUGCACUUUGUAAAUGGUUAAUCUUGAAAACGAUGCCGGGUGUAUGGAUCCAAUCUCACGGAGGCAGCCGCUCCCUGUACUCGUACUGAAUGUCUUAAAUCUUCAGGGGUCAUUGCAGAAUUUUCCUCUUGUGCACUAGACGGUGACACCAUACAGUGACCAUUUGGAGUUGUCUGGGUUAAAGAAACAAAACAGCGCCACGCCUGUCCACGGGUUAUAUCUGGUAUUGCAGCUCUGCUUAUUCACUUCAGUGGAGCUGACCUGCAGUACCGGACACAACCCAUGGACAAGUGUGGGGCUGUUUAAUCCUAUAUAAACCCUUUAAUGUGACAGGACUGGGGGAGGAGGUUUGCCCAUGUGGAGCCGAAGGGAUAAUAAUCUAAACUACAGUUGCCAGCAUGCACCGACGGCAUGGAAGGGCGCUGUUGGCUGGACGCUUGGUCGUCCAACAGCCAUUCUUCCGUACCUUCCCUAUAUACGUGCAUGCUGGGUUCAGCUGAGCAUGCGUAUAUUCUCAAUGGAAGGAGCUGCCAGCUGCCUUCCUUCAGACCAAAGAAUUGGGCAUGUUGAAAUUUAAGAUGCCCACUCCUUCCUCCCCCCAUACACAUGUAACGGUGGGCUCUGUCACAUCAGGUGUGGACAGUGGAGCUGAGAACCAUGUAUCCUUCCGGCCAUUGACCAUACAUGGGGUGGGAACAGAACCCAGCAGGCGCCUGGCUGCAUUUUUGGGGCAGUCAGACGUCAUCAUCGGUCCAGAAGUUCUGGAGAAUCUAUAUCUCAUAGCAUGUGAACUCCAACUCAUGGCCCUCCAGCUGUUGCAAGACUACAACCACCAGCAUGUCAGAAGCUGUAGCUUUACAACAGCAAGAGAGACGCACGUUGGAGCUCACUGAUCUGUCGGGUAUCAGGAGAUGCUGGGAGUUGCAGUUAGAUGUGUUAAAGGGGUUGUCUAUAUAAAAACUCUGCUAACCCAUAGGAAAUGAACGGAUACUCGCCCGUUUUCUUCAACGCUGUGCUGUGGUCCUCCUGCUCCUGAAGCUGUGGCGUUCUGUGCACGGGUCACCGCUGCAGCCAGUCGCUAGUCUCAUCCAUGCACGAAAUGUCUCUGCUGAGGUCAGUCAUUGGCUGCAGCAGUGAGGACCGAAGAGCAGCAGAGAAAACAGGCCAGCGCCCAUUCAUUUGUUUAUGUUUUUAUAGAACUUGGACAACCCCUUUAAGUCAAUAUCCCGGGUCCCUUCCUGAUCUGAAAACCAUGCAUCUCCUCUGUUUGUACACAGACUCCUUCGAGGGGGCAGCUAUUUUCUGGAUGUAGAAGUGUUAAAUUGUCACGUCUUGAUUCCUCACUUGUAAAUAUUGCUGGAGGCGCAGUGUAUUGUACGGCCACCCCCUUACCAGUCAUUAAAAUGAUACCAAAUCCA